GUGCUGCAAGUGUUGCAUAUGAUGUCCAUCUACUGGCACCGGUCCGGCAAGAAUGCGGAGCUCGAACUCCUCACCACUUUCACCAAUCGCUUGCAUUUGUCCCAAACCACUGAAGAAGUUGGCAUUGAUGUCAAAGAUCUGUUGACGAGUUUAUCGCAUCUAACGCUUUGACUCCAUGAACCCGAUUAGUUUUCUAUUAUACAGUAUUUUUAAUAAGUUUACACAGAAUUUUAUGUCAUAUGAAUUUUAUUUAUUAAAUUUAGACAAUUUAAUCCAUUAAACCAAAUCAAAACCCAUUAAUCCAUUUAUUUGCUACAUCUUUAAUGAAUUAUUAAAAAUAAAUUUUAC